AUGCCAAAAUCUAGCAAUUUACUAGUACUUCAGGGCCUAAGAAUCUCUCUACCUGUUCUAAAAUCCUGUGCCCAUGACUUACUGGAACAGGCAUUUCGAGACGAAUACACCAACAAAUGCAUAACAGAUGAAGAAUUUACUGACAAUCUCAUAAUAUCAACAUUUCCAAAGCUUACUAUUAACGAUACACAGGGGAAUUUGUCCAUUGGUGAGAGAUUUGAAAUGAUUCUUAAGCUAUUAAACAAAGGGGAUACAGAUUGUAAAAACGUUUCAAUAACGGUGGACUUAGCCGUAGAUAACUACUCAUAUCGCCUCUACGAAUCGGAAAAGGGCCUCAAAAUACAAGGACAUGGUGCACACAUAUUCUCAGUAAACCACACAAUAACAUAUACUGGCCAAUACACUAUGCACUGUACCAUUAAGGCAAACGCUGAUAAUAGGGCUAUAUUCAUUAAGAAGGUAUACAAAUUUACGGCAAUAGCACCUUUUAUGGUGACUAGUCAUUACCAUUUAUACAAUAAUAUCACAUUUGUGCAAGCAUGUAUAACUAAUUGUUCAGAAAGAUCACUUACGCUUCUAGAUGCUAAACUGAAUUGCAUCGGAUCAAAUUGGAAAAUUAUUACUCCCAAAGUAGAUACAUAUUUACACUAUUUUAAACCAAUGGAUACGUAUAAUUUGAUUAUCCAACUACACGAAAUUAAUCACCAAGAUGCGCUAAACACUAUAUACUCUCUAUAUAAUCCACAAGAUAGUACAAAUAUAACACCAUUGCAAAGUAACAAAUCCAGCUCUUCCAGCACAUCAGAUUCCACUGAUGGAUUUACAGAACCAAAUUCAACUAUCCUUUUAUCUCUAAAUUGGAUAUCUGAAUGUAGUGGACAAUGUAAAUUUACAGUACCUCUCGAGAUACAGAAUAAAUCGCAAGGGAUAUCAUUUCGUGUGAUUAAGAUACCACAGAAUCUAAACGUUCCAGCCUAUUUUGAUGUUAAAUUUGAGAUUCGCAAUGAUGGCGUUGAAAAUAUGCACUGUAAGAUACUGUUAGGCAAUUUGUCUCUAGACGAAACAGUGGAGGCGCCCAUUGAAGCUGGGUUCACAAUUACCCAAACAUACACCCUUCAUAUUGAACAAACUGGGAUGAUAAGCUUAGAUUCCAUUAGAUUGUUGACGUGGACAAAUUCGCCCAAAACAAUGAAGGAAUAUCCCUUGUUGGACCCCCCAUCGGUAGUUUGUCUAUAA